AUGUUAAAUAAUGGUCCGCCAGGAGCCCUAGGAUUGGCUCAAGUUUCUGGAUGGAUGACUGAAGACUGUUUUGUGAAAGCGCUUGAACACUUUGUAAUACAUGUCAGGCCAUCAAAAGAGAAUCCAGCAUUGAUAUUAAUGGAUAAUCACACCUCUCACGUAAAUCUCAGAGUGGUUGAAUUUGCCAGACAAAACUCCAUCAUAAUAGUUACAUUCCCACAACACUGCAGUCAUAAACUGCAACCACUAGAUAUCACAGUAUAUGGGCCUUUCAAAACUAGGUACCGCACUGCCAUGAAUGAAUGGAUGUUGACGAACCCUGGAAAAACAGUUACUAUUUAUCAAAUUGGGCAAUUUGUAAAAGAAGCAUAUUUGCCAGCUUUCAGUCCACAGAAUAUAACACAAGGAUUUUUGAAAACAGGAAUAUAUCCAUUAAAUUCUAAUAUAUUUAGUGAAGAAGCAUUUUUAUCUUCAUAUGUGACUGAUAGACUUGAUCCGCAGUCAAACAAUGGUUUGAACUUGUAUAAGGAAAGUAUGGAAAUAAACUUAAAACAACUUCUCCAUCUUCUACAAAAUCGCUUGAAGCUGGCGAAGAAAAUGAGCUUCUAA